AUGUCUGGUAAGGGUAGUGACAACACAAACAGUUCUGAGGUGAGGAAGGAUAGGGUGGUGACAACCGUGGAAGGUUUGCCCAUCAAUGAACCAUUCGCUACACAGCGUGUGGGCCAGAAUGGUCCUUUGUUGAUGCAGGAUUCUAGUUUGAUCGAGUUAUUGGCUCAUUUUAACAGAGAAAGAAUUCCGGAAAGAAACCCUCAUGCACAUGGAUCAGGUGCAUUCGGGUAUUUUGAAGUUACCGACGAUAUCACAGACAUUUGUGGAUCUGCGAUGUUUAGUGAGAUCGGGAAAAAGACUAGGUGUUUGACGAGAUUUUCCACCGUGGGUGGAGAGAAAGGUUCUGCAGAUACUGCAAGAGACCCAAGAGGUUUCAGUACCAAAUUUUAUACAGAGGAAGGUAAUUUGGAUUGGGUUUACAAUAAUACGCCUAUUUUCUUUAUUCGUGACCCUGCAAAAUUCCCACAUUUUAUUCAUACACAAAAGAGAAACCCUCAGACUAAUACGAAGGAUGCAAAUAUGUUUUGGGAUUUUUUGACCACUCCUGAGAAUCAAGUUUGUAUUCAUCAAGUGAUGAUUUUGUUUUCUGAUCGUGGUACUCCAGCCAAUUACAGGCAGAUGAACGGUUACUCGGGUCACACUUACAAAUGGUCUAAUAAGAAAGGAGACUGGUACUAUGUGCAGGUCCACAUCAAGUCUAAUCAAGGUAUCAAGAAUUUGACCAACGAAGAAGCAGUCAAGAUCGCUGGUGAGGACCCAGACUACUGUCAAAAGGACUUGUUUGAGAACAUCGAAAAAGGUAAUGCGCCAACUUGGUCCGUUUACAUUCAAACCAUGACAGAGCAGGAAUCAAAGAGAUUACCAUUCUCGGUAUUUGAUUUAACCAAAGUCUGGCCUCAUAAACAAUUCCCACUACGCCGUGUUGGUAAACUAGUGCUAAAUGAGAACCCUCAAAACUAUUUUGCACAAGUUGAACAAGCUGCCUUUGCUCCAAGUAACACUGUGCCAUAUCAAGAGGCUAGUGCCGAUCCUGUCUUACAAUCGCGUCUGUUCGCUUACUCAGAUGCUCAUCGUUACAGGUUAGGUCCAAAUUUCAAUCAAAUUCCAGUCAAUUGCCCAUACGCUUCUAAAUUCUUCCACCCAGCAAUCAGAGAUGGUCCAAUGAACGUUAAUGGUAACUUUGGUGCAGAGCCAAACUAUCUGGCAACUACCAACCAAUACCAGUUUGUCCAGAAGGAUAGACCUAUCCAACAACAUCAGGAGGUAUGGACUGGGCCUGCUACUCCAUUCCACUGGGCAACGUCCCCCGGUGACGCUGAUUACGUUCAAGCAAGAGAUCUGUACCGUAAGGUAUUAGCUGCUCAACCAGGUCAACAAAAGAACUUGGCUCAUAACGUUGGUGUCCAUGUUGCCAAUGCACGUCCCGAUAUUCAAAAACGUGUCUUCGAGAUGUUUGCUCGUGUCGAUAAACAAUUGGCAACCGAUAUCAAGAGCGAGUGCGACGCUGCUAGCUCAGAGUUGCGUUCCAAGUUAUGA